AUGGCGCCAAAACAAGAUGACAUCGAACUUGGGUUCAUUGAUCAUCCUGAUCAACAGUCUGCUAAUGAAAGAGAGCUGCAGCAAUACAGCAAGGGCUAUCAAGUACGCUUAUAUAGAGCGGCUCUAUGUGGUGAUUGGGAGGUCGCAAAGAAAAUCCAUGAUAAACAUGAAAAUUGUUUUAUAGAGGUAAUUUCGAGAAAUGGAGAUACUGCUUUGCACAUAGCAGCAGAAGGCGGACGCUGUCAUUUUGUUAAGGAACUACUACGAGUAUCCCAAAUUACUGCUACGCAGUUGGAGUUGCAAAAUAAAUUUGGUAAUACUGCUUUCUGUUUGGCUGCUGCUUCUGGUGUGGUUGAGAUUGUGGAGGAAAUGGAACGACGAAAUCCAGAGCUGCGAAACAUUCCUGGGAAUAAGGGCAUGAAACCUGUUCUAAUAGCCGCUCUACUAGGUCAUGGGGCGAUGGUUAAGCAUCUCAUGCCUCGUUGCUUUGAUCUAUUGUCGCAUAAGGAACGCAUUGAUCUACUUAUUGGCACAAUCAACACCGAUUUAUUUGGUACUUAAACCCUUUGUACGCAUAAUAUAUUGAUAGAGUAUAAAACAUAAGCUGAAUGGUUGAGGCCCAGAAAUAUGUUUUAUACUCUAUCACAUACAAUUGAUACAAGAACAUAUAUAUUCCCUCCUUUUUAAAUACUUGCUCCACUUUUCAUUUUCGGCC